AUGACUUCCAGAUCCAUCAUGAAUUCCCCUAUUUGUUUGGUGGAAAACCAUAAAGAGAAACUGACUGUGAAUCCAAAAGCUUUAGAGAUUCUGGAAGCGAUUUCUCAGCCUGUGGUGGUGGUAGCCAUUGUAGGACUGUAUCGUACAGGAAAAUCCUACCUGAUGAACCGCCUUGCAGGACAGAACCAUGGCUUCCAUCUGGGCUCCACAGUGAGGUCUGAAACCAAGGGCAUCUGGAUGUGGUGUGUACCUCACCCCUCUAAACCCAAUCAAACCCUGGUCCUUCUGGAUACUGAGGGACUGGGUGAUGUGGAAAAGGGUGACCCUAAGAAUGACUCAUGGAUCUUUGCGCUGGCUGUACUUCUGAGCAGCACCUUUGUCUACAACAGCAUGUGCACCAUCAACCACCAGGCCCUGGAGCAGCUGCACUACGUGACUGAACUAACGGAGCUAAUCAGGGCAAAAUCCUCCUCCAGAAAUGAUGAAGUAAGCGACUCUACUGAUUUUAUAAGUUUCUUCCCAGACUUUGUUUGGACUGUUCGGGAUUUCAGUCUGGAGCUGAAGUUAGAAGGAGAACCUAUCACUGAAGACAAGUACCUGGAUAAUUCCUUGAAGCUGAUUAAAGGCACAAAUCCCAAAAUCCAAAAGUCCAACCUGCCUAGAGAAUGUAUCAGGCGCUUCUUCCCAAAACGGAAAUGUUUUGUGUUUGAUCGUCCCACAAGUGACAACAGUCUCUUACACCAUAUUGAGGAAGUGCCAGAAGAGCAGCUUGAUAGUAAUUUUCGGAAGCAAGCAGAAAAUUUCUGUUCCUACAUCUACAGUCAAGCAAAGAUCAAGACCCUGAGGCAGGGAAUCAUUGUCACUGGGAACCGCCUGGAGACUCUGUUGGUAACCUACUUGGAUUUCAUCAAUAGUGGAAAAGUGCCCUGUCUGGAAAAUGCUGUGACAAUCCUAGCCCAGCGUGAGAACUUGGCAGCUGUGGAGAAAGCAGCUAAGCAUUACAGUGAGCAGAUGGCCCAGUGUGCCAAGUUCCCCACAGACACACUCCAGGAACUGCUGGAUAUGCAUACGGCCUGUGAGAAGAAAGCCAUUCAUGUCUUCAUGGAGCACUCCUUCAAGGAUGAAAAUUAUGAGUUCCAGAAACAGCUUGUGGGCACCAUAGAGAAAAAGAAGGAGGAGUUUAUACUGCAGAAUGAAGAGGCAUCAGACAAAUACUGUCAGGCUAAGCUUACCGAGCUUUCUGAGUCUCUGAUGGAAAGUAUUUCAAGAGGAGCUUUCUCUGUUCCUGGAGGACACAAUCUCUACUUAGAAGUAAAAAAAAGAGUUGAACAAGACUAUAUGGGAGUUCCCAGGAAAGGAGUUAAGGCAAAUGAGGUCCUCCAGAGAUUCUUGCAGUCACAGGCACCAGUCGAAGAAUCCAUCCUGCAAUCAGACAAAGCCCUCACAGAUCGGGAGAAGGUCAUAGCAGCGGAACGGGCCAAGAUGGAGGCGAUAGAGAAGGAGAAGGAGCUGCUGAAAGAGAAACAGAAGGAGCAGCAACAAAAGAUGGAGGCUCAAGAGAAGAGCUUCAAAGAAAACAUGGAGCAAUUGAAAGAGAAGAUGGAAAAGGACAGAGAAGCACUCCUAAGAGAGCAGGAAAGGGUGCUGGAACAUAAACUGAAGGUCCAAGAAGAAUUGCUUAUGGAAGGAUUUAAAAAGAAGUCUGAGGAGUUAAAUAAUGAGAUAGAUAAACUACAAAAAGAGAUUGAAGCAGCAAAGAAUCAUUCAGGAUUUUCAAAUCUCCUCGAUGUAAUUGGCGAUACAUUAAUUGUACUACCUGGUGCUAGUAAAUUUAUUGGGGUAGGGAUGAAAAUUAUCAGCUCACGUAUAAAAUAG